AUGUCCCUCGCCACUCUUGACACCUCCCAACAUCCCUCCCUCCCCACUGCAUCCACAACCCUCUUCAACGCCAAAUCCACCAAAAAGCUCACCUUCGAACAAAUCGCCCACCACCUCAACCGUUCCGAAGUAGCCGCCGCCGCCAUCUUCUACGGCCAAGCCAAAGCCUCCCCCGAAGAUAUCUCCAAUCUCUCUUCCCUCCUCGAAAUCCCCAAGCCGGCUCUUGAAGAGCAACUGGGUGGCUUUCCGGACCGGGGUAGGUCUGUGGAGAUGCCACCCAGGGAGCCGUUGAUUUAUCGGCUGUAUGAGAUUGUGCAGAACUAUGGAUAUGCGUAUAAGGCGGUGCUGAAUGAGAAGUUUGGAGAUGGGAUUAUGAGUGCGAUUUCGUUUUCGACGAAGGUGGAGAAGGAGACUGAUGAGGGGGGGAAUGAUUGGGCUGUUAUUACGUUGAGGGGGAAGUGGUAUGUUUUACCAGCUGUGGUUGUUGUUCAGGGCUAA